AUGCAACCCGGACAAGGCACCAAGACAGUUCGCCCAAGUGUCGUCGAGGAUGUCGAGACGACGCCUCUUCUGCGAAACGAAGAGGUCCAACACGGCAGCGACAGUGACGCCAAUGUGGUCGACUGGGAGGGUAUAGACGACGCGGAAAAUCCUCUCAACUGGAGUGCGAGGAGGAAAACCAUCAACAUCAUGUUAUUAUCCUACAUGACCUUUUUGACUCCGUUUGCAUCAUCCAUGUUUGCUCCUUGCGUGCCGCAGGUCAUGAAGGACUUCAACGUCGACAAUAUCGAGAUGGCCUCUCUGGUUGUCUCCAUCUAUGUGCUCGGCUAUGCCUUUGGGCCUUUGGUUAUUGCGCCGCUCAGCGAAGUGUACGGACGGAAAGCGUUGUACCUGUCCACCUCACUUUUGUUCCUCGUCUUUACGCUCGGGUGUGGCUGGUCCACGAGCAUACACAUGUUAGCGGCCUUCAGAUUCCUGGCUGGCACCGCAGGCUCCUGCCCCAUCACCGUGGGCUCCGGGACCAUCGCGGACACAUUCAAGCAAGAACACCGGGGGAGGAUUAUGGGCCUGUGGCAGUCUUCCGUCCUGUUUGGGCCGAGCCUGGGCCCUGUCCUUGGAUCCUGGAUUGCCGACUCAUGGAGCUGGAGAUGGGACUUUUAUGUUCUCGCCAUCUGUACAGCCGUCUACAUUCUGCUGGCCAUCCCAUUUCAAGAUGAAACGUACCCAGUCUUACUACUGGAAAGAAAGGCGGACCGGAUCCGAGCAGAGACGGGCAACGGGCAACUGCGGUCCAUGUUGGCGACUUCGGCCAAAUCCCCGCGAGAACUGCUUGUCAUGUCGAUUACCCGGCCCCUCAAACUCCUGUGCGGGUCCCUCGUCGUGUUCAGCAGCUCCCUCUAUGUCGCCGUCGGCUACGGCUACAUGUACCUCAUCUUCGCCACCAUCACCCGGGUGUUUUUGGACCAGUACGGUUUCGACAAGAGAUCCGUCGGGCUCGUCUUUCUCGGAGUCGGGCUCGGCCAGUUCAUCAGUCUCGGCUUGUUCAGCGCCACGUCGGACAAGCUCCUCAGGAAGCUCGCCGCGGCCAGGGGCGGCGGGGAGAUGAAGCCGGAAUACCGUCUGCCCCUGCUCUGGCCCGGCGCCGUCUUGAUUCCUGCAGGCUUGCUCGUCUACGGCUGGUCGGUCGUGUACAAGCUGCACCCCAUCGUCCCCAUCGUCGGAACCGGCCUGCUCGGUGCCGGCACCCUCUGGACCUUCCUCCCCAUCGGCAUCUACCUGGUCGACGCGUUCACCGUCUACGCCGCGAGCGCCACCGCCGCGACCACCGUGCUCCGCAGCAUUCUGGGAGCGGUGGUGCCACUGAUCGGUGCGCGCCUGUACGAAUCCCUGGGUCUGGGCUGGGGGAACACCCUUUUGGCCGGCGUGUCGGUGGCCUUGACACCCCUGAUCUGGGUUUUGAUCCGGUACGGCGAGACGCUCAGGAACUCACCCCGGUUUCAAGUCAAGCUGUGA